AUGCGCCAAGACAUUGUAAAGUGGACCCGCGAAUGCCAGCGGUGCUUCAUUUCAAACAAUACCACAGGUCAGGUGCCACCACUGAAACCAAUAGUGACCACAAGGCCAUUUGAAAUAGUCGGAGUUGACUUACUUGAGAUAGGACUCACAAGCAGAGGCAAUCGUUACAUACUUGCACGCGAGUGCAUUAUUGACCAAAGUGAGAAGUACAGAGCUAAGGCAAAACAGUAUUACGAUCGUCACUGGAAAUCCGAUAGAACGGUCAAUUUCAACGUAGGAGAUCGACUCUAUGUUAAAGUACCCGGAGAAAAAGGGGCAUCGCACAUCCCAAAGGUAAUCGCAUCAACACCCAAUUCAGCGACUGUAACUGAAAUUGGGGUUAACAAAGAACCCAUACAAGUCCCAUUCGACCAUCUGAUCAAGGUGCCAGCGUCGAUAGACGAUACUCCUGUAAUAAGCAGAAAGCGUAGAGGCGCUAAACGAGGAAGAAAAGGAAAGAUGGCAGCAACUUUUGACGAUGUAUCACCCUCUCGACGUUCGGUUCGCACCGAUAUAUCUACUAUUGACUGUCGUUGUCCAGGAGUAUUCGAUGUCGGCAUGCAGUCAACCGCGUGUCAUACCGCAGUGAAUGGUCGCAAAUUGUGGAGAACCCACCAUUACCAUGAGUUGGUCUUCAAUUCUUCGUUUGAAUUGGCUAGGGCUGUCUCUAUACUGCGUCAAACUCACGUUUUCGCCGAAGGGCGAGCUGCAACACUUGUUGACCACGAUUACAUUACAUUGUCAGCUAGUUCACUAGGAUUUGCAAUGUCAUUUUUCCGAGCAAAUUGCCUUCAUCUCGCUGCGUACCAUCGUCGCAAUCUCGCCACAGACGAAGCACUUGGGAAUCUACCCACACCCUCCACGACAUACGGAAGAUCCGUUUAA